AUGAGGGCUGGUGUUGAUGUCUUUGCUCUUGACUUUGAUGCUAUUAUUGCUGCCAUGUAUGCAUUGACUGUUAGUGCCGAGGGAGACUGUUACUUGUGUGUGCCGCCUGACCCAGGUAUAGAGCCCGCUGCCCUGGGUACUAGUGAGUCUGCUCUCUCUGGUAUGGUGCCCCCUGUACUUGCUCCCUCCAGUGCUGUCCCGGCUGUUUUCGAGUCUGCUCUCUCAGGUACAGCACCCACAGAGACUGCUCUCUCAGGUACCGCACCGGCUGAGGCCUGUCACACCUUCACCCUUGACUCAGGUGCUUCCCGUUGCUUCUUUCGUGACAGUACUGAGCUCACACCGCUUCCUGCACCGGUCCCAGUCUCCUUGGCUGACCCCUCUGGGGGCCCAGUCCUUGCCCAGUCCACCACUGUCCUCCCUUGUCCGGCGGCUCCGUCUGGCUCGUUGUCGGGUUUCCACCUCCCCUCGUUCUCGACGAACCUGGUGAGCAACGCUGUCAUCCAGGAUCAGUGGGUUGACACCUUUACCCCUGGAGGACAGCGUGUGGCGAUCUGCACGUGCUCCAGGACCGGCCGUCACCUGGCUACGUUUACCCGUCGGCCGGGGUCGAGUCUCUACACACUGACCACUGCGUCUCCUCAGGUCGCUGCUGUCGGUCAGGUGUCUGCGUCAGGUCUGGUAGCCCACGCCUGUGAGUGUCGUUCCCUGUCGCACCAGACUCUUCUCUGGCACCACCGCCUUGGUCACCCCUCCUUGCCACGCCUUCGUGGCAUGCACCGUCGCCACCUUGUGUCUGGUCUUCCCAGGUCCCUCCCUCCCCUCCCUGCCUCGCCUGCGCCGCCUUGCCUUCCUUGCGUCGAGGGGCGGCAGCGCGCCGCUCCUCACUCCUCCUCGUUCCCCCCGACAGAGGCUCCUCUGCAGACCCUCCACCUGGACGUGUGGGGCCCAGCCCGCGUUCGUGGUCAGGGCGGUGAGCGGUACUUUUUGCUGGUUGUCGACGACUACUCGCGUUACACCACGGUCUUCCCCUUGCGCACCAAGGGUGAGGUUCCUGCUGUUCUGAUCCCUUGGAUCCGCACAGUUCGUCUCCAGCUCCGCCGCCGUUUCCGGACGGAUCUUCCUCUCCUGCGUCUGCACUCUGACAGAGGUGGUGAGUUCUCCUCCGAUCUCUUGAGGACCUUCUGUCAGGCGGAGGGCAUCGAGCAGACCUUCACGCUUCCGGACUCCCCACAGCAGAAUGGGGUUGCUGAGCGCCGCAUUGGCCUGGUCAUGGAGGUCGCUCGUACCUCCUUGGUCCACGCGGCGGCUCCCCAUUUUCUGUGGCCGUUUGCUGUCCGGUACGCCGCGCAUCAGCUCAACCUCUGGCCCCGUGUCUCCUUGCCGGAGACCUCGCCCACACUGCGUUGGACGGGGGAGGUUGGCGAUGCGUCGCGCUUCCGGGUGUGGGGUGCUCGUGCCCUUGUCCGCGAUACGUCCGCGGACAAGCUCUCCUCCCGCACGCUUCCCUGUGUCUUCCUUGGCUUUGUCCCUGACGCGCCUGGCUGGCAGUUUUACCACCCCACCUCGCGCCGGGUCUUCGCCUCUCAGGAUGUCACCUUUGACGAGUCGGUCCCUUUUUACCGUCUCUUCCCCUACCGCACUGCCCCCCUCCCUCCCCCGCCGCUUUUCCUUGCUCCUGGUCCCCCUCCGGUAGACCCCCUUCCCCCUCAGGGUCCUGCUCCUUCAGGUGUCUCUCAGGUAGACCCUCCUCCCGUCGCUGAGCCUGUCGAGGUCACAGGUGACUCAGGUGCUGCUGCAGGUGGUACUGCUGGGAGUGCUGAGCCUGGGGGUGCUGAGCCUGCGGGUGCUGGGCCUGGGAGUGCUGGGACUGCGGGUGCUGGAGCUGAGGGUACUGUGCCUGAGAGUUUGCCGCCUGGGGGUGCUGAGCCUGGGGGUGCUGCGACUGGGGGUGCUGAGCCUGCGUGUGCGGAGUCUGGGGGUACUGAGUCUGGGGGUGCUGAGCCUGCGGGUACUGAGCCUGCGGGUACUGAGCCUGGGGGUGCUGCUACUGAGCCUACGGAGCCUCGGGUUACUGCGUCUGGGGGUGCUCCGGUUCGGGGUGCUGAGCAGUCUCUCACACCGCAGCAGCUUCGUGACUGGUACGUCCGGCGCUUUCGCCGUCCUAGUGGCUCGGCUGGAGUUGGGGGUGCUGGGGCUGCUCGUCCUGGGGGUGCUCGUACUGGGGGUACUGGAGCUGCCGGGACUGGUUGUUCUGGGAGCACUGCGACUGGAGCUGCUGGAGCUGGGGACUCUGGCGCUGGCGGUGCUAGCGGAGUUGGAGCUGCCGACUCUGGGGGUGGCGCUGCUGCUGGUGCUGCGGACCCGCCUGGUGGAGCUGCUGCUGGAGCUGAGGACCUGAGCGGUGGCGCUGCUGCUGGUGCUGGGGACCCGGACGUUGGAGCUCCUGCUGGUCCUGAGGACCCGGCCGCUGGAGUCUCUUCUGCUUCUGGAGACGCUGCGCGGCCGCGACCGUACUUCGUACCGCUCCUUCAGCAGGUUCUUGGGCAGGCUCCUCCUCCUUGUCCUCCUCCCUCCGUAGAGUGUCCUCCGCCUGUCCAGCCGCAGUCACAGUUACCGCCUGCCUCGCCUCUCCCUGCUCCCUCUCCUUAUACUGGUCCCACAGGAGGUCUUACAGAGCGUCGUGAGCCUGAGUCUCGUCCUGCGUCGCCUGUUCGUCCUGCUCGCGCUGGUAGUCGUGUCCGUCGUGAGCGUCCUCCUCCUGUCCCAGGCACUCACUACAUGACUCUGCGUCCCUCUACUGCUCCUCGGCGUGUCCCUCUGCUGUCUCCUCCUGCGUCCUCUUUGCCUGCCGUUCCGGACCCUGAGUCUGACCGGUAUCGCGCUGAGCACCCUACAGUCACGCGUCUCCUAGCUACUGUUGUCACUGACCCUACCUUUGAGUCCUCGGCUGCGUCUGCUCUGGUCGCUGAGUUGGUUGACUUUGCUGCUGCCUGUCGUCUAGACUACGCUGCUAGCCUUGUUGCUGAGCCUGAGUCUGCGUCUGUCUGUCCUCCGUCCGUCGGGGGUGCGUGUGCUCUUGGCACGGACGUCCUUGAGGACAGACAGGAGGACCUUGACUCUCUUGCGGCUGCUGUACCUCAUCUCGUGGCCUGGUUGCUUGCCCCUGAGGGAGACCCGGAUGCACUAGACAUCCCCACUCCGCGCACUUACGCAGAGGCGAUCUCGGGUCCCUACUCCUCUCAGUGGCAGACAGCCAUGGACGCAGAGAUGGCAUCCUGGAAGUCCACAGGCACCUACGUCGACGAGGUUCCCCCUCCUGGGGCGAACAUCGUCGAUGGCAUGUGGAUUUUCAGGGUGAAGCGGCCGCCAGGUUCUCCGCCUGUCUUCAAGGCUCGUUACGUUGCUAGAGGCUUCAGUCAGCGUCAGGGGGUCGACUUCUUCCAGACCUUCUCCCCCACCCCGAAGAUGACCACUCUUCGGGUUCUGCUGCACGUUGCUGCUCAGCGUGACUACGAGCUUCACUCUCUUGACUUCAGCACAGCGUUCCUGCAGGGCAGCCUGCACGAGGAGAUCUGGCUGCGCCGCCCACCUGGCUUUACUGGGUCGUUUCCUCCUGGUACCCAGUGGAGCCUCCGCCGGCCAGUCUACGGUCUCCGCCAGGCGCCACGAGAGUGGCACGACACACUUGCGGCUCUUGGGUUCGCGCCGUCUACUGCUGACCCGUCGCUGUUUCUGCGCACAGACACGUCGCUGCCGCCGUUCUACAUUCUUGUGUACGUCGACGACUUGGUCUUUGCUACUGCUGACACUGAGGCACUCGCUCGUGUGAAGUCGGAGCUGCAGAAGAGACACACCUGCACUGACCUGGGUGAACUGCGUAGCUACCUUGGCUUGCAGAUCACCCGGGACAGAGCUCGCCGCACCAUCACCCUGACUCAGUCACACAUGGUGCAGCAGGUCCUUCAGCGCUUCGGCUUCCAGUUCUCCUCACCACAGGCCACACCUCUGGCUACCAGCCACUCGCUCUCAGCUCCACCUUCGGACGAGUCCGUAGAGCCGAGUGGCCCGUACCCAGAGCUUGUAGGCUGCCUCAUGUACCUGAUGACUUGCACGCGACCUGACCUCGCGUACCCUCUUAGCUCGUUACGUUGCGCCUGGGAGACACAGGCGAGAGCACUGGGAGGCGGCUAA